CUUUUGUCCCCUAGUGGAGAAAAAGCCAGUGGGAAGGGAUGUUGUGUUCUUGUUGGAUGGCUCUGAUGGUACUAGAAGUGGAUUCCCAGCUAUGCGAGACUUUGUCCAAAGAGUAGUAGAGACACUGAGCGUGGAUGACAACAAAGACCGCGUCUCAGUGGUUCAGUACAGCAGAGAUCCAGCUGUCCAGUUCUAUCUGAACACGUACACCACAAAGGGAGAGAUCCUCGACACUGUCAGAGGUUUGAGGCACAAAGGCGGAAGACCGCUCAAUACUGGAGCAGCUCUCCAGUACUUGAAGGACAAUGUCUUCACGGCCUCUGCAGGAAGCAGGCGCUUGGAAGGAGUUCCACAGGUCCUGAUAUUGCUAUGUGGUGGAAAGUCUUUUGACAGUGUUGAUGCACCAGCCUCUGCCCUCAAACAGCUGGGUGUGUUGAUCUUUGCAAUUGGAACCAGGAGCUCAGACAGUAGAGAGCUGCAGAAUAUAUCCCACGAUCCCAGUACCGCUCUAUCUGUGUCUGAAUUCACUGACCUGCCCAGUGUCCAACAGCAGCUCCAGUCCUCCGUGGAGGCUGUGGUCAUUGACGUCACCCCAGAAUCACCAACUGUACUUGUUGACUCUGCCAAAAAGGAUAUCGUAUUCCUUCUGGAUGGUUCUGAUGGCACAAGGAAUGGCUUCCCUGCCAUGCUUGAUUUUGUUGAGAGAGUGGUAGAGAAACUUAAUGUGGGAGAAAACAACGACCGCGUCUCUGUGGUCCAGUACGGCAGAGAUGCAGAGGUCCAUUUCUAUCUCAACACAUACACCACCAGAGAGGAUAUUGUGGAUUCAGUCAGAGGGCUGAGACACAGAGGAGGCAGACCCCUCAACACCGGGGCAGCCCUCCAGUACGUCAGGGACAAUGUCUUUACAAACUCCUCUGGGAGUAGGCGCCUGCAAGGUGUCCCACAGAUGUUGAUCCUGCUAAAUGGCGGAAGGUCUUUUGACAAUGUAGAUACACCGGCCUCUGCUCUCAAACAACAGGGCAUCUUUGUGAUUGGCAUUGGAACAAGGAGCUCUGACAUUAGAGAGCUGCAGAAGAUAUCAUAUGACCCUAGUCUGGCCCUAUCUGUGUCUGAGUUCACUGACCUCCCCGGCAUCCAAGAACAGCUCUCCUCUGCAAUGAGCACAGUGGUAGUGAGGGCCACGCCCAUGACACCAACGGUAACUGUGGAGAAAAAGCCAGUGGGAAGGGAUGUUGUGUUCUUGUUGGAUGGCUCUGAUGGUACUAGAAGUGGAUUCCCAGCUAUGCGAGACUUUGUCCAAAGAGUAGUAGAGACACUGAGCGUGGAUGACAACAAAGACCGCGUCUCAGUGGUUCAGUACAGCAGAGAUCCAGCUGUCCAGUUCUAUCUGAACACGUACACCACAAAGGGAGAGAUCCUCGACACUGUCAGAGGUUUGAGGCACAAAGGCGGAAGACCGCUCAAUACUGGAGCAGCUCUCCAGUACUUGAGGGACAAUGUCUUCACGGCCUCUGCAGGAAGCAGGCGCUUGGAAGGAGUUCCACAGGUCCUGAUAUUGCUAUGUGGUGGAAAGUCUUUUGACAGUGUUGAUGCACCAGCCUCUGCCCUCAAACAGCUGGGUGUGUUGAUCUUUGCAAUUGGAACCAGGAGCUCAGACAGUAGAGAGCUGCAGAAUAUAUCCCACGAUCCCAGUACCGCUCUAUCUGUGUCUGAAUUCACUGACCUGCCCAGUGUCCAACAGCAGCUCCAGUCCUCCGUGGAGGCUGUGGUCAUUGACGUCACCCCAGAAUCACCAACUGUACUUGUUGACUCUGCCAAAAAGGAUAUCGUAUUCCUUCUGGAUGGUUCUGAUGGCACAAGGAAUGGCUUCCCUGCCAUUCUUGAUUUUGUUGAGAGAGUGGUAGAGAAACUUAAUGUGGGAGAAAACAACGACCGCGUCUCUGUGGUCCAGUAUGGCAGAGAUGCAGAGGUCCAUUUCUAUCUCAACACAUACACCACCAGAGAGGAUAUUGUGGAUUCAGUCAGAGGGCUGAGACACAGAGGAGGCAGACCCCUCAACACCGGGGCAGCCCUCCAGUACGUCAGGGACAAUGCCUUUACAAGCUCCUCUGGGAGUAGGCGCCUGCAAGGUGUCCCACAGAUGUUGAUCCUGCUAAAUGGCGGAAGAUCUUUUGACAAUGUAGAUACACCGGCCUCUGCUCUCAAACAACAGGGCAUCUUUGUGAUUGGCAUUGGAACAAGGAGCUCUGACAUUAGAGAGCUGCAGAAGAUAUCAUAUGACCCUAGUCUGGCCCUAUCUGUGUCUGAGUUCACUGACCUCCCCGGCAUCCAAGAACAGCUCUCCUCUGCAAUGAGUACAGUGGUAGUGAGGGCCACGCCCAUGACACCAACGGUAACUGUGGAGAAAAAGCCAGUGGGAAGGGAUGUUGUGUUCUUGUUGGAUGGCUCUGAUGGUACUAGAAGUGGAUUCCCAGCUAUGCGAGACUUUGUCCAAAGAGUAGUAGAGACACUGAGCGUGGAUGACAACAAAGACCGCGUCUCAGUGGUUCAGUACAGCAGAGAUCCAGCUGUCCAGUUCUAUCUGAACACGUACACCACAAAGGGAGAGAUCCUCGACACUGUCAGAGGUUUGAGGCACAAAGGCGGAAGACCGCUCAAUACUGGAGCAGCUCUCCAGUACUUGAGGGACAAUGUCUUCACGGCCUCUGCAGGAAGCAGGCGCUUGGAAGGAGUUCCACAGGUCCUGAUAUUGCUAUGUGGUGGAAAGUCUUUUGACAGUGUUGAUGCACCAGCCUCUGCCCUCAAACAGCUGGGUGUGUUGAUCUUUGCAAUUGGAACCAGGAGCUCAGACAGUAGAGAGCUGCAGAAUAUAUCCCACGAUCCCAGUACCGCUCUAUCUGUGUCUGAAUUCACUGACCUGCCCAGUGUCCAACAGCAGCUCCAGUCCUCCGUGGAGGCUGUGGUCAUUGACGUCACCCCAGAAUCACCAACUGUACUUGUUGACUCUGCCAAAAAGGAUAUCGUAUUCCUUCUGGAUGGUUCUGAUGGCACAAGGAAUGGCUUCCCUGCCAUGCUUGAUUUUGUUGAGAGAGUGGUAGAGAAACUUAAUGUGGGAGAAAACAACGACCGCGUCUCUGUGGUCCAGUAUGGCAGAGAUGCAGAGGUCCAUUUCUAUCUCAACACAUACACCACCAGAGAGGAUAUUGUGGAUUCAGUCAGAGGGCUGAGACACAGAGGAGGCAGACCCCUCAACACCGGGGCAGCCCUCCAGUACAUCAGGGACAAUGCCUUUACAAGCUCCUCUGGGAGUAGGCGCCUGCAAGGUGUCCCACAGAUGUUGAUCCUGCUAAAUGGCGGAAGAUCUUUUGACAAUGUAGAUACACCGGCCUCUGCUCUCAAACAACAGGGCAUCUUUGUGAUUGGCAUUGGAACAAGGAGCUCUGACAUUAGAGAGCUGCAGAAGAUAUCAUAUGACCCUAGUCUGGCCCUAUCUGUGUCUGAGUUCACUGACCUCCCCGGCAUCCAAGAACAGCUCUCCUCUGCAAUGAGUACAGUGGUAGUGAGGGCCACGCCCAUGACACCAACGGUAACUGUGGAGAAAAAGCCAGUGGGAAGGGAUGUUGUGUUCUUGUUGGAUGGCUCUGAUGGUACUAGAAGUGGAUUCCCAGCUAUGCGAGACUUUGUCCAAAGAGUAGUAGAGACACUGAGCGUGGAUGACAACAAAGACCGCGUCUCAGUGGUUCAGUACAGCAGAGAUCCAGCUGUCCAGUUCUAUCUGAACACGUACAUCACAAAGGGAGAGAUCCUUGACACUGUCAGAGGUUUGAGGCACAAAGGCGGAAGACCGCUCAAUACUGGAGCAGCUCUCCAGUACUUGAGGGACAAUGUCUUCACGGCCUCUGCAGGAAGCAGGCAUUUGGAAGGAGUUCCACAGGUCCUGAUAUUGCUAUGUGGUGGAAAGUCUUUUGACAGUGUUGAUGCACCAGCCUCUGCCCUCAAACAGCUGGGUGUGUUGACCUUUGCAAUUGGAACCAGCAGGUCUGACCUCAGAGAGCUUCAGGAAAUUUCAUAUGACCCCAGUCUUGCUCUGUCAGUGUCUGAAUUCACUGACCUGCCUAUUGUCCAAGAACAGCUUUCCUCUGCAAUGAGUACAGUGAUAGUGAGGGCCAUGCCCAUGAUACCAACAGUAAUCGUGGAGAAAAAGUCACCAGAAAGAGAUGUUGUGUUCUUGUUGGAUGGCUCUGAUGGUACUAGAAGUGGAUUCCCAGCUAUGCGAGACUUUGUCCAAAGAGUAGUAGAGACACUGAGCGUGGAUGACAACAAAGACCGCGUCUCAGUGGUUCAGUACAGCAGAGAUCCAGCUGUCCAGUUCUAUUUGAACACAUACACGAGAAAAGGAGAGAUCCUCGACGCUGUCAGAGGUUUGAGGCACAAAGGCGGAAGACUGCUCAAUACUGGAGCAGCUCUCCAGUACUUGAGGGACAAUGUUUUUACUGCCUCUGCUGGAAGCAGGCGCUUGGAAGGAGUUCCACAGGUCCUAAUAUUGCUGAGUGGUGGAAGAUCUUAUGACAGUGUUGAUGCACCAGCCUCUGCUCUCAAGAAGCUUGGUGUCUUGACCUUUGCAAUUGGAACCAGGAGGUCUGACAGCAGAGAAUUACAGAAUAUAUCCCAUGAUCCCAGUUACGCUCUAUCUGUGUCUGAAUUCACUGACCUACCCAGUGUCCAACAGCAGCUCCAGUCCUCCGUGGAGGCUGUAAUUAUUGAUGUCAUUCCAGAAUCACCAACUGUACCUGCUGAGUCGCAGGGCCCCCGGAAGGAUAUUGUUUUCCUUGUUGAUGGAUCUGAUGGUGUUGGACGGGAAUUUCCUAUCAUCCAGGAGUUUAUCCGUAGGGUUGUGGAGAGUCUCAAUGUGGGUGAGAAUAAGAUCCAGAUUGCUGUGGUCCAGUAUGGUGACUCUGCUCAGGCUGACAUGUAUCUGAACUCACAUACAACCAAAGAAGGUGUUUUAAAUGCUGUAAGGGGAAUGAGGCAGCGAGGAGGAAGACAACGUAACCUGGGUCAGGCCUUGCGGUUUGUCAGCCAGGAUGUUCUGACAGCAGGACGUGGCAGCAGGAAGCAAGAAGGUGUACCACAGUUUGUAAUUGUCAUCUCCAGUGGGUCUUCUACAGAUGACAUCAGUCGUGCAGCGUCUUCCCUCAAACAAUCAAGAGUUCUCCCCUUCAGCAUUGGGACCAGGGAUGUUAACCCUACAGAGCUCCGGUUGGUGUCAUAUGUGCCUAACUUUGCCUUCACUGUAGAUGACCUCCCUGGGCUGUACACAGUCCAAGAAAACUUAAUCAACACUCUCACAGAGCUAUCAGAUGAUGACAUCUCCAGGAUGCGCCCUGUAUUCCCAACCUAUGAUGUAAUCACACCAGCACCCACAGGAGGAGAAAAGAGGGAUGUUGUAUUUCUAAUUGAUGGAACAACAGCAGUGCGUAGUGAGUUCCCUUCCAUCCGUGAAAUGAUAAGAAGAGUUGUGGAGAAGCUGGAUGUAGGAAUGGAUAAGGUCAGAGUUUCAGUGGUACAGUACAGUGAUGAACCAAAGUUAGAAUUUCUCCUGAACGAAUUCUCCAACAAAGAUGAGGUACGCCAGGCUGUGAUGAGACUUCGAAGCAAAGGUGGAAAUCGCCUAAACACAGGUCGUGCUCUUGAGUGGGUCUCCAGAAACAUCUACCAGAGAUCAGCAGGCAGCCGCAUUGAAGAUGGCGUUCCUCAGUUCCUCAUUCUAGUUACGGGUGGCAAGUCUACAGAUGAUGUAUCCACUCCAGCUAACCAACUUAAGAGAAACCAUGUUGCACCUCUUGCCAUUGGUUCAAGGAAUGCAGACCCUGAUGAACUGAAACAAAUUUCACUGAGGCCCGAACUAGUUUAUACAGUUGACAGUUUCCAGCAACUUCCAAGAGUAGAGUCACAGAUCAUUGAUUCUGUCACUACAAUAACCUCAGAAGAUAUCAUGAAAAUUACUCCUCCUCCCCCAGUGGUCAUAGAAAAUCUUGGGAGAAAGGACAUUAUCUUCCUUAUUGAUGGCUCAGACAAUACAGGUGCUGCUGGCAUUGCUCAUAUUCGUGACUUCAUCCUCAACAUUGUCCAACAACUUGACGUGCAGCCUGAUCAAGUGCGUGUGGCUGUUGUCCAGUAUGCAGAUAGAGUUAAAACAGAGUUCUCGCUCAACUCACACAACAAUAAGCCAGCAGUUAUCUCUGCUAUCAAAAGGCUUCGUCAGAUGGGUGGCCGGUCAUCAGACUUGGCUGAGGCCAUUGACUAUGUCAUACAGCGUGAGUUAAAACCCUCUGCAGGUGUUCGUCAGGCUGAGGCCUCCCAGCAUCUUGUGGUUCUCACAGGUGGACGCUCCCCCCAAGAUGUUUCGCUCUAUGGACCUCUGCUGAAGGCCUCCCGGGUAAACUGCAUUGGUGUGGGAGCUGGUGGUGCUGACAAAAGGCAACUAGCCCAAAUUGCUACCACUCCUGAUGAUGUUCUUCAGGUUCCUACAUUCCCUGGCCUACCAGCAAUCCAGGGGAAGCUUAUUACCAGGUUGAGAGGGACUAUCCCUGAGGAACCACCCACAGAUUAUACUGAUCCUGACCUGCCUCCAGUUAAAAAAGCUGACAUAGUAUUUUUGGUGGAUGGCUCCAUUAACUUGGGCCGGGACAACUUCAAUGAAGUUAUGUCAUUUAUCAUCAACCUAAUUGACCUGUUCUUCAAUGAGAGAGACAAUCUGCGGAUUGGCCUGGCACACUAUGCUACAGAUGUGACUGAUGUCUUUUACCUCAACACAUAUAAGAACAAGCAAGACAUUAUAAGCGCCAUUGGACAAGCAGAGUACAAAGGUGGACGUAAAAUCAACACUGGUGCAGCCAUUCGUCAUGUUCAAGAUGUUCACUUUACCAAAGAAAAAGGCAGUAGGUUGGAUGAGGGCACUCCCCAGAUCCUAAUGGUUAUCACUGGAGGACGCUCAGCUGAUGACAGUAAAACAGCAGCCCUUGGUCUGAAGAAAAAAGGUGUGAGAAUCUUUGCUAUUGGAGUGGGUGACACUGAGAAUGAGUUAGAAAACCUGGCAAGUGAGUCUUCCACUGUGGCUCGAGCAAGCACCUUUCAAGGUCUUUCAGAGCUUAAUGAGCAAAUCCUGGAGACUUUGGAUGAUGAAGUGAAGGGGAAGCUGUGUGUUGGUGGGCCAGAACCUCCUAAAACCUGCAGCAUAGAGGUGCUGGUAGGCUUUGAUGUUUCUGCUCAGAACAUCUUCAGUGCUCAGACCAACCUCCAGAGCAAGAUGGGUGCCAUUCUGCAGAGGAUUUCCAAAAUGGCAGCUAUCAGUUGCUCAUCUGGACAGAUUCCCUCUGUUCAAGUGGGUAUGCUGGCCAUGGACUCUGCCUCCGAGCCUGUCCAGCUGGACUUCACAGACAAUGCCGAUAAGCUCUUGGAGGACUUCAAAGCCCUGCGGAAUCGUGGCCCAUUUGUUCUCAAUGGCAAGACCAUCUCAGCUUACACCAAUAGGUUCAAAACCAGACAGGACAAUGUUGUCAAGGUUGUCAUUCAUUUGACUGAUGGUCUUGAUGCCCCAUAUGCUGAAAUGAAAAGGCGAGUUGAGGAGCUUCGGUUGUCAGGAGUGAACAGUUUCAUUCUGGUUGGGCUGGAGCGGGUGCCCAAAUUUGAGGAGGCUUUGCUGUUGGAAUAUGGUCGAGGCUUCAGGUACACUAGACCCUUACGAGUCAACAUCAUGGACCUGGACUAUGAGCUUAUGGAAGAACUUGACAAUAUUGCAGAAAGAGAGUGCUGUGCAGUGCCUUGCAAAUGUACUGGCACCAGAGGAGACCGAGGAGCAGUUGGACUUCCAGGGUCUAAGGGUAGUCCAGGAUCACCAGGAAGCCAAGGACACCCUGGAGAUGAGGGUGGACCUGGAGAGAGAGGACCUCCAGGUGUGAAUGGAACACAGGGUUUCCAGGGAUGUCCUGGGCAGAGAGGUGUCAAGGGUUCUCGUGGGUACUCAGGAGAAAAGGGUGAAUUUGGAGAAAUUGGGCUUGAUGGCAUCAAUGGAGAAGAGGGCAAAAGUGGAGUGGCUGGACCUCCAGGAGAGAGAGGAAACCCUGGCGCAAGAGGUCCCAAAGGUGCCAAAGGACAAGCAGGAGACAAAGGGGAAAUGGGAAUCAGAGGAGACCCUGGUACAAGCGGACAAGAUAAUAACCAAGCAGGACCUAAAGGAGACCCCGGUGAUGCUGGACCAGCGGGAGAGCCUGGUCAGGAUGGAAAGAAGGGAGGCCCUGGUAUCGUCGGAAGAGAGGGAGCUGCAGGCAGACGAGGCACACCUGGACAACCUGGACUUCCUGGAAAGCCAGGAGCUGAUGGUGUGGUGGGAGAGCCUGGUAUUGGAGGAUCUAGAGGUCCAGCUGGACCAAAUGGUGCCCCAGGACCCAGAGGAGAAGAUGGGAACCCUGGACCCAGGGGUCCUGGAGGUGUCCCAGGUCCCCCUGGAGACAAGGGUAGAAGAGGAGCUGUUGGCCGCAAGGGAGAGCCAGGAGAUCCAGGACCUAAGGGUGUCAUUGGACCUCUUGGCCCACGUGGAGAGCCUGGUGGAGAUGGUAGAGAUGGGUCUGGUACCAUAGGAUCAAAAGGAAGAAAGGGUGAUGUAGGCUUCCCUGGAUUCCCAGGACCAAAGGGAGCAGCUGGUGACCCUGGCAACAAAGGUGGACCUGGACCCCGAGGAAAUCGUGGACAGAGGGGUGUCUCUGGGAACCCUGGUCCACCUGGACAGAAAGGAGAGAUUGGAUAUCCUGGCCCAUAUGGUCAGAAAGGACCAAGGGGACCAGGUGUUGUGCAAUGUGACCUGGUCAAGAAGAUCAGAGAAAACUGUCCUUGCUGUUUUGGCAAGCAAGAAUGCCCACUUUACCCCACUGAGCUGGCCUUUGCCCUGGAUGCCUCUCAAAACGUUGGUCGCCCAGCUUUCAACAACAUGCGUGACACAGUCCUGCGCCUCGUCAGAGACAUCACCAUCUCAGAGAGUAACUGUCCAAGAGGAGCUCGUGUUGCUUUGACCUUGUACAACAGUGAAGUUACCACUGAGGUCCGGUUCGCUGAUGCAGUUAAGAAGCGUGCUCUAGUGCAGCGCAUUGAGGGACUGCAGACCCUACAGACAAAAAAAGAGCGCAGUUUGGAUACGGCCAUGAGCUUUGUGGCACAGAACACCUUUAAGAGGGUACGCAGUGGCUUCCUCAUGAGAAAGGUGGCAAUCUUCUUUGUUGGUGGGCCACUAAAUCAGGUACAAGGAAUUACUAAUGCAGCUCUCCGCCUCCAUGAUGCUGGAAUUGCUACUCUGUUCUUGGUCAGCCGUGAAGAAAGACAACUCACCAGAGCACUGCAGGUCAACAACACAGCUCUGGCCCAGGUAAUUGUCCUUCCCAGCCCUGGAAGUGCACAGUACAAUUCAGUCAUCCAAAAGGUUAUGAACUGCCAUGUUUGCUUAGACAUCUGCUCUCCAGACCCAAUGUGUGACUAUGUGCCCCCAUCGACUAGCCGAGACAGGAGGUCUUCCGCCACAGACGUGGACAUUGACAUGGCUUUCAUCUUAGACAGUUCUGAGUCUACCUACCCAACUGUCUUUACUGAGAUUAAACGCUACAUAGCACAGAUAGUGGAACAUCUACAAGUGUCUUCAAAUCCCACAUCUUCCAUUCACCAGGCCAGGGUGUCUGUGAUCCAGCAAGCACCUUACGAGUUCCUCCACAACAAAACUGGUUCUUCCAUCCGUGUGGAUAUCGGCUUGACUGAGCACCACUCAUCUGAGGAUAUUGUCAGAUUCCUGCUGGAGAAGACACCACAGUUAGAGGGUGGUCGGGCACUGGCAGCAGCUAUCGAGUCAACAGUGGAGCUGGUGUUUGAGAGGGCACCUCUUCAGCGUGACAGGAAAGUACUGAUGCUCUUUGUGACGGGAAGUGUGGAAGAAGAAGAGGAACAGCUCGUGCGCAUUGCCACUGAGGUCAAGUGCAGAGGCUUCUUCCUAGUCAUCCUGGGUGUGGGUGAGAAGUUGACUGCUGGAGAUGCUCGUGUCUUGUCACGCAUGGCCAGUGAGCCAUCAGAUGUCUUCUUCAAAAGGCUGGACAGCAUCUCACAGUUUUAUGACAAACACAUCCAGACCUUCAGCCAGCUAAUGCCAAAAUAUAUCAGCAUUGAAAAUGCUUUCUACAUGUCCCCUGAAGUCUCCAAAAACUGCAAGUGGUUCCAGAGUGACCAGCCACUGAAAAACCCCUUCACAUCACCAUCACAGCAACAGGAGAAGCAUCAGAAACAUCAUGAGAUUCAGCAAACGGUUCAUGAAAGAAAACAGAAAGAUGCAGAUGAGCUACAUGUCUCAAAUGUUACCUCCAGUAGCUUGAAAUUGCGUUGGAGCAUCCCAGACCCCAAACUCUUUGUCUACUUUGAGGUAGUGGUGACACGGUUACCUGACCAUGCCCUGGUACUGAAGACCAACGUCUCAGGCACUGAGCUUUCUGUUGACAACUUACAAAGCACUCAGACAUAUCAUGCUGUGGUCACUGCCCGCACUGCAGAGGGUCAAGUUGUCUCUACCCGCAAAGGCAUUGUCACUACAAAACCAGUAGAGCAUAAGCCAGUCAGCCAAAGCACCAGUCCUGUAAAUACCACACCACUGGACAAACCAGAAACUGUUAAUGAAUUGGCAGACCCAUGCUCACUUGACUAUGACCCUGGAAUGCCGUGCAAAGACUAUCAGGCUAAGUGGUUCUUUGACAGAAAGAACGGGAUCUGUACACAGUUCUGGUAUGGAGGUUGUGGAGGCAAUGAAAAUAGGUUCGACACUGAGACCCUCUGCUUGAAAAACUGCAUGAGGUCAGUGUCAGAGCCUCAGCCACAAGUGCAGCAGGGUGAACAGGUGGAGAUCCUCCCAGCUCCUGAAGCCUCUACAGCUGUAGACAUUUGCCAGCUUCCCAAAGAAGAGGGCACUUGUGCCAAAUUUGUCCUCAAGUGGCACUAUGAUGCCCCCAGCAAGAGCUGUACACGUUUCUGGUAUGGAGGCUGCGGUGGAAACCAGAACCGCUUUGACACACAUGAGCAGUGUGUGAAGGCCUGUGGAAAACCAGCACCUGUCAAGCAAGGAGUUAUUGCUGCAAUAAGAACAUAGGACAAAAAUGCCAAACAUGGCCAACCUAUACCUCUGAAAAGAAGGGGAUUCUAAGAAGAACCAUCCAAAAUGGCCAUACUGUAAGGAUGCAAUACCAAAGCAAUGGUGGCUGCACUGGAUCCACAAAAAUGGACUUUAUACCCCAAAUUCUUGAAGUAGUUUUUUCACAACAAGAAGGAAGGCAACACAAUUUGCUGCAUGAUUUGUUUUAACCUACUGGUGCUACGUAGUAUGUUUUGUUUUACAGAUUGAGUUGUUAAGUGCAUUCAGUUUUGUAAAGUUACGUUUUCUGGAACAUCAUAUGAGUUUUCAUAUUUUUUAAAGUGCAGUUUUAUAAUUAAACGAGAAACAUAUAUGAAUAUCUUGGACAGUGAUUAGCAAUGAAUCAGUACAUGCAGGACUGGCAUUAUUCAGUGCAGUAAUCUUUUUUGUAUUGUUUUUUUUUUUUAACAUUCCACAUUCACCUAGCAACAUAGGCUUUUAUUGAUUUUAAACUCACUUGAUCCUUGUUGAACCAUUCCUUCACUAUUUUACAGUCACAUGUGUGUAUUUAAAUGACAGUGACCAACUGCUCACAUACAAAAACAUUUCUGUAACAUAAAGUGCACUUCUGGAGCCACUGCCUCGAAAACACAGUUCCAGCUAUUCAGAAAUGGAAUGUACUUGUCAAGCUGUUUUUACUUUGUUUCAUUUGGUUUUACUGAAAUUUGUGUUUCAUCUGGGUAUAGGGGAAAUAAAAAUGAAUUAGACUUUCUAAUAAA